AUGGAGAUUCUCUCUGGACUUGAGGAAAGGAAGUCACCGAAGUCAAGACAUGCAAGUGUGAGUGCAGAUGCAAUGCUUGAAGUUUUGCAGCAACGAUCAACUCCUAUGGUACAACAGGAGGAAAAGCUUGAAGAAGAGAUUAUAAAAUCCAUCUUUCAAAAGAGGAGGAAGGUUUCUCAACAAGUUUCUGAUCAUAGCCCAACCUUCCAGUACUUCAAAAAAUCGAAAACAAAAACAAAAACAGUGUCGGAUGGUAGACUAGAUGUUCCCAAGUCUUUGACCAUGAAGUUGUUGUGUUUUUGGAACAACCAAUCAGAGGCUGAAUAUGAUCAAGAGAUCAGUAAUGGACUACAACUGUUAUGCCAACACUAUGACAAUGGACAACAGGACAAGAAGAAGAAGAAAAAGAGUAAUCGUAUCGGGUUCACAGUUGAAAACUAA